AUGGGUUCUGCGGUAGUAUCUCCCGAAUGUAAAGGGCAAAGCUCGAAGGCAAAGACUAUCGGAUACUACGAAGCAUGGAACCCCGAGAGAAGAACUUGCGGACAGGUGGAACCCAAGGAUAUCCCUCUAGGGAUAUACUCCCACCUGAAUUUCGCCUUUGCUCUGAUUGAUCCGAAGACUUUCCGGAUUGCUCCUAUGACAGAUGCGACUGCCAAGCGUUACAAAGCCCUCACAGCGCUGAAAAACCGCCAAAAUGGUCUCGAGGUGUAUAUUGCGAUUGGAGGCUGGGACUUCAACGAUCCAGGUCCCACUAGGACUACCUUUUCGGACCUUGCUGCCUCACAGUCUGCACAAGAUACGUUCUUUGAUUCCUUGAUUAGUUUUAUGCUUCAUAAUAACUUCGACGGGGUUGAUCUCGACUGGGAAUAUCCUACCGCAGACGAUCGAGGCGGCAGACCAGAGGACUUUGCCAACUAUGUCACGCUAGUGAAACGACUAAGAGAGCGGCUGGAUCAAUUGCCAAAGCACUAUGGGCUUACCAUAACCUUGCCGGCUAGCUACUGGUAUCUUCAAGGAUUUGAUGUUGCAAAUUUGGAGCCACACAUUGAUUGGUUUAACGUCAUGACCUAUGAUAUACAUGGCCUCUGGGACGCACAUGGGAAGGAGAUUGGGCCACAUGCCUACGCCCAUACCAACCUGACAGAGAUUAAUCUGGGUCUCGAACUUCUCUGGCGCAACAACAUCAAUCCCGCACGGGUUGUGAUGGGACUGGGUUUCUACGGACGGAGCUUCACCAUGGCAGACCCUAACUGCAUGACCCCUGGCUGUGUCUUCAAGGAGGGAGAGGCCCCCGCUGGAGAAUGUACCAAUGUGCCCGGGGUUAUUUCGGCAACAGAGAUCCACGGAAUCCUGGGGAAGGGUGCUACUGUCACCUUUUAUCAAGAUGCCGCAGUGAAGGUCGCUACGUGGAAUAGCACUCAGUGGGUUAGCUGGGAUGAUGUCCAAACGCUGAAGCUCAAGGUCGACUUCGCCAACAAGCGUUGUCUGGGAGGGACCAUGGUUUGGGCUGUUGACCUGGAUGAUGGCACCCUCGUGGAAGCAUUGGGGAAAGCGUCGAGGAAGAAGAAAGAAUGGACUAGUGAUGGCAAGUACAGACCAAGGCCUUGCUUCGGUAAACCUUGGCCAAAGGGGACAAACGGGACUUGGGUUGGAGGCUCAAAGAAGGGGAGCCCGAAGAAGAAGGAGUAGAUAUGCUGCUUUAUCUUGCGCUUCCUAGCAUCAGGAUAUGAAGUCUGAAGUGCAGUGUUUAACAUGAUAUUGUC